AUGGAUUUAUCCUCGCCGGUUGUCAGGAGUGAAGAUAUAUACAGGACCUAUUGGCUCUAUUGGCGUCUGUUGGGUGUGGAGGGGGAACAUGCGAUUCGGUAUAUACUCGAUAUCCUAAUCACAAUCUUUGUUACCUUCUGGUAUCCGAUUCAUUUGAUUGCCGGACUGUUUUAUGAGACAAAAUUGGGAGAUGUGUGCAAAGGUUUACCCAUCACGGCGGCCUGUUUAUUUGCCAGCUUCAAAUUUGUCUGCUUUCGCUGGAAACUGCAGGAAAUUAAGAGCAUCGAGGCACUGCUCCUGGAAUUGGAUCAGCGAGCUCUGACUGAGGAGGAGCGGGCGUUCUUUGAUCGAAACACCCAACGUGAGGCGAAUUUUGUGUGGAAGAGUUUCAUUGUCGCCUACGGAUUGUCGAAUACGGCGGCCAUAGCUUCCGUUCUAUUUGGCAGUGGUCACAAGCUGCUAUAUCCUGCAUGGUUUCCCUAUGAUGUUCAGGCAUCGGGACAGAUCUAUUGGCUUAGUGUGGCCUAUCAAAUUGCUGGCGUUAGUAUACAAAUUGUGCAGAAUCUGGCCAAUGAUUCGUAUCCCCCAAUGACAUUCUGUGUGGUUGCUGGACAUGUGAGACUCCUAUCCAUGCGUUUGAGUCGAAUGGGAUAUGAUAAUAAAUCAUCGAAAGAGAUGGUCGUCAGAGAGUUGGUAGAGAAUAUUGAGGAUCACAGAAAGAUAAUGAAAGUCGUUCAACAGCUGCGCAGCACUAUGCAUCUAUCGCAACUUGGACAAUUUAUCGCGAGUGGCAUCAACAUUUCCAUUACGCUCGUCAACAUUCUGUUCUUUGCGGAAAACAAUUUCGCAAUGGCCUACUACGGCGUUUACUUUGUGGCGAUGCUCCUGGAGCUCUUUCCCUGCUGCUACUACGGGACUCUGAUUGCUGUGGAGCUCAAUCGACUGACGGAUGCCAUCUUCUCCAGCAAUUGGGUGGGAAUGGAUCGCGGAUACUGUCGCACUCUGCUGAUAUUCAUGCAACUGACUCUGUCGAAGGUGGAGAUCACCGCGGGCGGAAUGAUUGGCAUUAGUUUGAAUGCAUUCUUUGCGACCAUACGAUUAGCUUACUCAUUUUUCACUGUGGUCUUGUCGUUGCGAAAAUGA